AUGGUAUCAACAAACUCAUCUCAAUACGCCACCGACUUCAACAACAGUCCAACUGCGGUGGACACGACAAAGAGCUCUCCAUUGUCAUUGUUGGCGAAAACAUGUGAAGCGAUUGGUUUACCCGAUACUCCAUCAUCAAAGAAAACACCGAAAAAGGACGAGAAUAGCCCUGGAGAUGUCAAAAAAUCGGAUUCUCCUAAUCUGUCGAAGAGGAAAGAUGGAUUGAGAUCACCGCGAGCUACACCAAAGAUAACUGAUCCAGCAGCAGCUUUGACAGCAAUGGGACUUGCCAAGGGAGCCUCGGGAAUGUUCUCUCCAUUCGGUCUUCCGAUGGGAUUCCCGAUGGGUUUCCCGGGAAUGCUUCCCUAUCCACCAAUGCCCUAUCCAAGCUUUCCCAUUCCACCAUUUAUGAGAUGUCCUUCUUUGAUGAUGGGUCGACCAUGCACAAAUCCUGCAAUCUGCACGGCUUGUUCGAGCGUCUCGGGAUCAACCGAUGCGGCCACUUUGUCCGCUCUUGCUGCUGCUUCAACUUUCCCCGGAAUGCCCCCAUUUGCUUAUCCAUUCAUGCCUAGCACAAGCACAGCCGCCUCACUCCCAGCCACCUAUCAACAAAUGCUACAAGCUGCUGCAGCGGCAUCUGUUUCUUCAAGUUCACUGCCUUAUCAAUCAAAUGCCAGUGGUCAUCGUGUGGAAAGACUUUCACCACCGCCGAGGAGUUGGAUGUUCAUUUCAAGGCAGCUCACAACCCGAGUCCCCGCUCCUCUG